AUGAGUGAUGCAGGUGGAUCCUCUCUACAUUAGUCUGACGAAGAAGACUUUCAUUUUGGCUUUAAUGAGAUGGGCUAAAAUGCUUAAAUGUGUACUUCUUGUUUCGAGACAGAAUUUAAGACACUCGAUAAUUCUAUCGUAUGCACUAAUUGCGGUAAAGAAAUCGACAAUAUAAAGAAAAAUGCUAAGCUGGAAUAUGAUGACUAGCAAAGGGGUAAAGGACCUAAAAUGAAAAUUGAUGAUGUUAAAGAAAAGUAAACUUCCCCUAAAAAACUUUCAGAUCUAAGAAAGAAUGUUUCAUCUUUAGCUUUAAAAGAAGAAGAUGAUGAGCACAAUUAGAUAAUAACUAAAGGCUUUUAAAUAAUAGGCGAUGAUAAAUCAACAAUCAAAAAGAAUAACAACUAGGACGAGGCAUCAAACGGACUAUCUUUAUUAAAACUUAGGGCUCUAAAAAGGAAAAGUGAGAGCUAUUAAGAAUAUCUAAACGCUUAUGAAUAGAUGUUCCAUUCAAUUGCUGACAAAUUUGCAAAGAGAUAUAUCGCAUCUGUUGAUGAUUAGGUAGAGUUCAUGACUAAAGUAAAAGAGAUUUACUAAUAGUACAUGGACAAAUGGAAUAAUUGCACUCUUUAAGAUCAUAAGCCAGUAAGUUCUUUAACUAUGGAACGUAGAGGAUAGUUAAGAAUCAAUAAUGUUAGCAGGUAUAGUGGCUUAAAGCGAACCUAAAUUGAAUCGAUAGGCAACUCUUAUAAUCUAGAGAGUGAAUGCAAAGAAGAAGCACUUAAAAAGGAAGAAUAAAUGGCAGAGGAUAAAAUAGAAUAAAACUAAUCAUACUAGCAUAAUCCUUAGUCACAAGAACUAUAAAAUUUAAAUAGAAGUCAUUACUCAUCUAUUAAAGAAGAAAAUGAAAUUGAAAUUGAAGAGGGAGAGAUAGUUGAUUCAACUGGAGGAAUAAAUCCUAAAAUAGAAGGUUCUGAACAAAUCAAUACUGAGCUUAAUCCUUCUGUCAAUUUUGAAAAGCUAAAAAUGAAAUCAGAAUUACAACAGUUUGAUCUGUUCCAGAAAAUAUAUUACAAGACUAGAAAGACUCAUAGGAAGAGAGAUGCUAAGAAAUCUAGUAAAAUGUCAACUGGCUCAACCAGUGCAGAUGGCAGCACUUCUCUUCUUAAAACUAAUUAUAUGCUAGAAAUAUAAGACCUAAGAACUAAAGAAGAUGCAGAAAUUUUAUUAGAUUUUACCUCAAUUGAAUGCUUCUUACUCACACUAUUGUAAAGAGCUAAACUAUUCGUGAAGUUGAAGUACAGCGAUAGUGAUUUAAUAAGCUCAAUCAAAGAGAUUAAAUUUAAGAGGACAUCUAAUGUUCUGAUUAAUGACUCUAUUCUGCCCUCUAAACUAGCAUUGAUAAAAAUUUGCAAGGAAAAGCUAUAGAUUGAUUACAGAUGCUUCAAAUUAUUAGGGUUAAAGACCUAAAAGGAUAGAAUAAUAAUAACUUUAUUCCUAUAUCACCUAUUACUAGAUAAAAGUUCUGUUAGAGAUUAUUUAACUUCCAAAAAAUUAGAAAGUACUUUAAUGUAGCUCGGUAAAGACUCUGAUCUUGAGGAAGGAUAGAUACCUGACAUGAUAAAUCCAGAGGACAUUUAAGAUAUAGAUCUUAAUAUGAGUAGAAAGCAAGUACAGGAAUUUAUCUUUCAUAAAUAUGAAUAAGAACUGGAAUAGAAUGGGCUAGCAAAAAAAUCAUUAGAAGAAUAAAUGAUGCAUCUGUUUCUUAAAAGAAUAAAAGAAGAAAAUGAGAAUGUUUAAGAUGAAUUCAAUGCUAUGCUAUAAAAACCAGAAGAAUCAACAUUAGCCAAGACCAAGCCGCCAACUCAUUCACUUGAAUUAAAUCUAAUACUAGCCUUUAUAUACAUGGCCAGUAGGCAAUAUGGUAUUUUAGAAGGUGAAGUGUUGAAAGCAGCACAGAAUAAUACUAUAGGAUACUUAACUGCAUUUAAAAAGCAUAGACAUCUUGCAAAAGCUAAUUAUUUACUAAGACCUAUUAAUGUACCGUUUAGAAACAAAUGGUUAAGAGACAUAUCCUCAGAUUUUCACAAGAUUGAUAAAAUAAAUAUGACUUCAUCCAAUAUCUAUUAGCUAGUCAUUAAAAUUUCUGAUGAGCUAUUUAUUUCACCAUAGGUCAAGAAUGUAACUUUAACAUUGCUUAAUCUAGUAUAACACAAAUUAAAGCAAUAACUUUUUCCUUAGUUUGAAGCAGUUGGUCUACUUAUUAUAGCCUUCAAAUUAUUAUAUGGACUUAAUGAUGAAAGUUAAGAAUUGGCUGAAUAGCACUAGCAACUAUAAUUAUUGCUAGAAAUUGAGGAUCUUAAGCAUUUACACAAUGUAAUUCACUAGUAAAUUUAGUUGCCAUCUUUUUAAGAGUAAUAUGAAAAUAUGAUGUUAAGGUUAAGAAAUCUAGAUAAUACAACAUUAUUAACUACUAGCAUGUGGAGAACUAAAGAUCUAUGCAGCUUUAAAAUUCUCGAUAAAGAGAUAAAAUUCUCAGAGUAAUUUAUUUACACAUUGAGAGAUUCUAAGGAGAGUAAGACGACUAACAGUAAACCUAAUGAAAUCGAUGAGGGUGAUUAGAGGUUUAAGUCUAAAGUUAAUAGUCUCUCUGAUAAGUUUUCAAAUUUCUACAAUGAAUAUAGAUCAAAUCAACGAAGCUCAUAAGUAGAUAAUUUGAUUCAUGGUGAUACAGGAUACAGGUAGAGUUUCAAGUCAGAGGAAGAGAUAGUCAAGGAGUCUAUGGAUAAGAUAAGUCUAAAGGAGGAAGAAAAAUAAGAGAAUUCCGAGGAUUAAGAUUUUGAAAAUACCCUUGAUCAGUUAAUACCUUCAAGAGCAUAUUCCCUUUACUAGCCAAAGAUGCAAAAAUAUGCAUGUGAAGCAUAUCAUUUCCAGUUCAUGAUGAUUGUUUAAGUAUUUCAAGAUUACUUGAAUGAACCUACCUGCUAAGAUAUUUUGAAACAUUAUAAAUAAGUAGAAAUGCAUCUUUUGAGGAAUGUAAAAUUUUGA